GCACGGUGAGGGAGGGAGGACGCGCCUCAUCCUCCACGCUCGAUCAACAGGUACCACAACUCCGUCCGUAUCUCCUCCACCCAGGGGAGUGUAAACGAACGUAACUGAGCGAACGGCAGCGCGACCUGAUGUGAGAGGGUAAUGGAAAAAAGAAGAAAGGUGGAUGGAUGAUGGGGAGGAAAAAAUGGCGGGAUGCACGAGAGAUGAGCACGGAGGUGUCCUCUCCCGGCGAAGACGUGCUGGGCUGGGUCACGGAGACGGCGAUACGGGCGGGGUUUGCGGGCGUUGUGGGCAGCGACCAAGACCUGCUCCCCCUCCUCCAGCAGCAGCAGCAGGACCAGGAGGGGGAGCAGCACGCCCACACACAGCUCGACCGCCGGAACAGCAGCGGCCCGGUGGAUGAGGAGGAACAGCAGCAGCACUGGAACCGCCUGGGCAUGCUGCUCAUGGUGUCCACAAUGGCCGCCCUGGGCACGCUGGGUAACAUCUUCGCCAUCGCCGCCGUCAUGACCGAGGACCACCUCAAGAAGAAAGGGAAUGUGCUGGUGGUGAACGUGAUGCUGGCGGGACUGGUGGUGAGUGCUGGGGUGCUGCCCGCCUGGGUGGUGGCGCUGCUUGCUGGAUGGUCGCGCCCCACGCCCGUCUGCUCGGCCUCUUGGAUCCUCACCACGCUGGCAGCCCACACCUCGCUGCUUACCCUUCCUUCUCUUGCCUGGGAGAACUCGGCACGGGUUGGGGGUCGGAGCGUGGGCGUGCUGGUGCUGUCGACCAUGGUGGGUGUGUCGUGGGCGGGUGCCAUUGCCAUCACAGUAUCUCAGUGGGUGACCGACUUGGCGCCGCGGCACUGUGGCCGCUCCACCGUAACAUCGCCCCGCGCCUCCUCACACACCGCUUUCACUUCGGUGGUGGGCGUGACACUUGUAGCCUUGCCGCUCUUGGUGGCCCUCGUCAUUCACGCCCACACUCUUCUGACCGGCCGCGGAGGUCCGAGGCGUCCUCUUCCGCCCACUGUGAAGCCUCCUCAAGCCCUGACGCGGGACUUAGCGCUGACGGGCACCAACCUGGUGGUGACAGCGGUGGCGGGCGGUUGCUGGGUGGGCGGCCUCGCCGGUGACUGGUGGGUGGACGACCCCCUCACGACAGGAGUGGCUUGGCUCCCCAUCGUGGCUGCCACCUGCUCCAGUUUCCUAUACGUGGCUCACAAGCCUUUCCGGGAAGCCUACGUCCAGCUGUUCCACUACUGCUGCUGCAAGACCUCAGUCUCCCUCUCCCGUCGCGGGCGCAGUGGGGAGGCUGCAGCAGCGGCAGCAGCAGCAAUGGCUGCUGCCGCACGACCUCCCAGUGACGUGCGGGUUCACAUCAUCCAAGGAUACAACAUGUACACCACAGCCUCAGCCCGCGACCACCGGCCGCCCACCCACAUCCACGUCAAAAUUCCCAGGUGCAAGGAAUCACGGCGGCCAAAACACCACCACAAGAAGGACGUCUACGAGCUGUAGCUUUUCCGCCUCCUCCCUACUACUACUACUACUACUACUGCUGCUGAUGCUGCUGCUGCUGCUCUUUCCUCGCCUUGCAACCAUUUUCUUUUCACUUUACUUUGUUCUACGUUUCUAUUUGCGCGGCUCCUUCAACCCGACAUGUGCUGGUGUGCUGUUUUCUAACACAAUUUUUCUUACGUACGUAGCUGCCAAUUUGGCAAACUUCGGACAGGUAGAUAACAGUUUAUUGUUCUUUUGCUGAUGAACAUUCAUUGCCAACCUAGCAUAUAGAUGAAACAGUUGCAUUAUAUUUUUUUAUGCAAAAAACUUAAUCCAUCACGAAAACUAAGCUUUAGAUAAUCUGUAAGUGUUUAAUUUCUGGUUAACGAUAUUAACUCUAACGAAGAGUUGGCUCUUGCUUCAAGGAUUACUGUGGCAGCAUGUUCAUUCAUGCGUGAGUACAUCGCGUUGUAGCCUCUAACGUGUUAUAGGGGCUGUCCUCCCGAAGACUGGGCCGCCGUCUCUUUGGCUUUGCGGAGCUCAUUGAUAACAAUAUCCUUUCCGGCAAAACUGUUCGCAGUCAUCAGACGCUGAAGGAUUAUCUUUAACUUGCUUCACUUACGAGAGUAGCUGUCUUGAGCCUUUUUACACUGUCUUCAUUUUUUUGUCUUCACAUUGAAUCUCCUUUCCUAUGCUGCUAAUAAUGCACACUCCACACAGUGUCAUCCUCUAAAAAUGUAAUCGUCAGAGGCAAAACUCAGCAUCACCUGCACCUCAGGUGUUUCAAUGCACAUUCAUUAGCGGCAAAACUUUCUCC